UGACAUUUACCUUCGUUGUUCCAGAAGCGAAAUCCGAGGAAGAAGCCAAGCCGUGUAGUGUGAAGCCAACAAUAAAACGUAAAAAUAGCAAAAACUACAACUGCAAACAAAUCCCACGCGAGGGAAACGAAAGUAAUUGCGCCUUUUACGUGCCGUUAAGUAGCAAAGCAGUAGCAGCGCGGCCUUUUUCACUGCGAAAAAGCCCGUAACGAAACCACGCACGGCGCGACAACGGAGACAGUGCAGCAAGCGAAAACAAAUAUGGCCGAUGUACAGGACGCGGAAAUGAACGGCAGCAGCCAAGACGUGCCGGAAAACGGACAAAAUCAGAUGGACAGCGAGGACAACAUGGGUGGCAAUAACGGCGGUGGUGCCGGUGGCAGCGAUAAUCAGAAUGCUCGCGACGACGAGAGGAAGCUGUUCGUUGGCGGGCUGAGCUGGGAAACCACCGAAAAAGAUCUGCGGGAACAUUUCGGCCAAUACGGUGAGAUAGAAAGCAUCAACGUGAAGACGGACCCGAACACGGGCCGUUCGCGUGGUUUUGCCUUCAUCGUGUACAAAGCGUCCGAUUCCAUCGACAAGGUUGUGGCGGCUGGAGAGCAUGUGCUCAACAACAAGAAGGUCGAUCCGAAGCGGGCCAAGGCACGGCCCGGCAAGAUCUUUGUCGGUGGACUCACCUCAGACAUCAGCGAUGAUGAGAUAAAAACAUUUUUCGGCCAGUUCGGUACCAUCGUGGAGGUGGAGUUACCGUUCGAUAAGCAAAAGAAUCAGCGGAAGGGCUUCUGCUUCAUCACGUACGAGUCGGUGCAGGUGGUGAAUGAGCUCCUGAAGACGCCCAAGCAGACCAUCGCUGGAAAGGAGGUGGACGUAAAGAAAGCCACCCCCAAACCGGACGGCCAGAUGGGUGGAAUGGGCGGUGGUAUGGGGGGCAUGGGAGGAGGCCGCGGUAACAUGCGCGGUGGAAUGCCCGGACGGGGUGGUAUGCGCGGCAGAGGCGGACCCAAGGGUGGUUUCGGUGGUGGCUGGGGAGGUCCCGGUGGCUAUGGCUACGACAGCUACAGUGGCGGAUACGGCGGCCAAGGUUACGGAGGGGGCGGUUUUGACGGUGGCUUCGGGUACGGCGGUGGCGGUUUCGGAGGCGGUGGCUAUAUGAAUGGUGGCCGCCAGGGUGGCCAGCGAGGUGGAAAGGGAGGCAGUGGUGGCUUCAAGCAGCGCGGCGCCGGAGGAGGUGGUGGCGAUCGUCCACCCCGGCAUGCACCAUAUUAAAAAUCAAAAAUCCUCUUUCUUCCUAUCCGGUUUUUACUUUUAGUUUUUUUUUCCUAGUUAAAUAAACCGUAAAGUCCGUGUCCUUCCUUUCCCACCAACUUCUCCUAUGAUCGACCUUCCCGCCCGAGUCUCGAAGUCCGUAGAAAACGAGAUUAUGUAUUUUAGAGUACGAGGAACAGGCAGCAAGACAGGCGAAGAUCAGGGAUUUUUAUUCCACUACCAUAUUAAUUACACACAUACACACAUUUAUAUAGUGUUUGCAUUCUUGUAUCAUUUCAACAGACAAUAAAACAGUAAACAAAUGGUGGAAAGGA